CACUCAUCGCUGGACGAUACUUUUGCGUGAGAUUUAACCAGUCAAGGAUCCACCAAUCUAUUCACGCUUCAUCGCCCCCGCCCGCCUCUCCGAACACAAUCAGACAAGUCGUCAGCCCCGCCACCAACUUUUUUGUCUCUCGAUGGCACUGCAGGAAACCUCCAGGCCUCGAGGUAUUCGAGACAGCCCCGCCCACCCUCUGCAACCGCUGCCACCCUCGUCGCGAGAAUUGGGAGAAGUCACGCCGCCGAAACUGGCAGAUGGCGCAUCCGUAGCAAAAGAAGAUCCCAAGUCUGGAAAGUCAUGGGCGCAUUUUGUCGCCGGAGGACUUGGUGGUAUGGCCUCUGCCACUCUCACUGCUCCGCUUGAUGUCCUCAAGACCCGUCUACAAUCCACCUUUUAUCAACAGCACCUCGCCGCCAUGCGCGCAGCCCGAGGCUUGCCACCCAUAGAAUCCAUGUCCUUUGCACGAAGUUCGCUAUUGCACAUCCGCGAAACAGGAGAGAUAUUGUGGCAAGUCCCUAAAGCAGAAGGCUGGCGGGCGCUGUUCAAAGGGCUGGGGCCUAAUCUUAUUGGUGUAGUCCCCGCCCGCGCAAUCAACUUUUUUGCCUAUGGAAACGGCAAGCGAUUGAUUAGCACACACUUCAAUAAUGGACAGGAAGCCGCAUGGGUACAUCUCUGCAGUGCCGCCGCCGCUGGUAUUGUGACUGGAACCGCAACGAAUCCCAUCUGGCUGGUCAAGACGCGGUUGCAAUUGGACAAGAAUACCCACUCGGACGGUCGAGGUCGUCAGUACAAGAACGCUUUCGACUGCACAAUGCAAACCAUACGCAAAGAAGGUGUUCGUGGACUAUACCGUGGACUGACGGCCAGCUAUCUCGGUGUCACAGAGAGCACACUACAGUGGAUGCUAUACGAGCAGAUGAAGCUGUCACUGGCAAGAAGAGAGGAGCGGGUUCUUGCUAGUGGCAAACCACCGACAAUAUGGGACCAGACUGUUGCAUGGACGGGAAAGCUGACUGCUGCUGGUUCGGCCAAAUUUGUGGCGGCACUCAUCACAUAUCCACACGAGGUUGUUCGUACAAGGUUACGACAAGCACCCAUGGCAGACGGCCGACAAAAGUACACUGGUCUCGUUCAAUGCUUCCGGCUGAUCUGGAAGGAAGAAGGUAUGGCAGCACUCUAUGGCGGUCUCGUCCCCCACAUGUUCCGUGUGGUGCCCAGUGCUGCCAUUAUGUUCGGCACAUACGAGGGCGUGCUGAAACUUCUUGGUGAGAGCAGCAACAUGUAAACGCACCGUGUUGUUGAUCUUUGUGCGCAUGUGUACAACAUCUAUUUGCAUGAAACGGCGUUUUUUUGUUUAGGAAGGGAGAUCUGAUUGGCAUUUUCGGGCGUACUCCUAUCACCACUCAGCUCCAAUUGAGCUUGUAUUUGUAUUAUGCGGAUCAGGAAGAUAAAAAAUGAGGUUACGAUAUGUGCGGACGCGGGUUGUAGGCGUACUCUUCUAGCGUAUUGCACAAGCUCUAGAUCGUACUCUCAACGAAUAAAUGGCAAUUGUAGAACAGUACAUCCAUUUGAAAUUAAG